AUGGAAACCCGUCUGGCUAUGCGGCCGGCUCGGCCUCAGAGCGUCAAGGAGCUCGUUGCCCAGGCCGAAAACUUUAACUUCAACGCAAACAUCCCCGUCAAGCAUUGGACGCGCGCCGCCGAGACUCUCUACCAGGAGGCCUCCUUUGCCAUUGCCGAUGGCGACUAUGGUCGAGCAUACAUGAUGCUGUACCGUCACUCCGUGCUGGUGCUCAAGUCGAUCCCCUCGCACCCCCAGAUCAAAGACCCCGAAAACAGAAAAGCAUACCGACCGUUGACCAAGCGAAUCGACCGCGUUAUCCAGGACCUGGAGGAUCUGAAGCCUGAGAUCGAGAGCGCAAACCAGGAGUGGGAGCGUAUGGCACCUCCCAAAGCCCCCGCCGAGUCCUCAGGCCCUCCGUCCAAAUAUGCCGAAUUCGCAGCACGAGACCCGAGCCUGAGUGGAAACGCCAGAAUUCUCGACGCCUUUGAGAACCAAGAUUUGGCUGUGGACCUGGCUCAGAAGGAACUAGUGCGAAGGGACACGUUUAGGCGAGCAACGAGACAGGCCGGUAUCCCAGACGAGGACCUGUUGUCGCGGCGCAUGGGAGGCAGGUGGGAUCAGUGGGACGCGAAGGGACGCACUGGUGAUGAUGACUUGCAAAGACAGAUGGAAGCCACCAGACAGGCCCUCGACUCAGCCCAAGAGCGACGACGCGCCGACCAAGAAUACCACCCGUCGACAUCACAAACCUACAACUACCCCUCCAUCUCUCGAUCCAAGCCCGUCGAGUUCGACCGGUCAUCAGGAUAUCCCCCAGCGUCUUCCUUGAGUCAACCAACUCGACCACCAAAAGAGCCUGUCCGUCCUCCAAAGGAUCUCCAACAACCCCCUUCCUAUGAUCUCCACCAGCCGCCUUCUUAUGCGCCAAACGUGCCGAAAAAGGUCCCGCUUGCCCAAUAUCAGCCUCUCAUCCCUACGCCGCCCCCCACGCAGAUCGACCGACCAUCGAUCCCUCCCAAGCUUGAGGUUGCGCCACCGUCGCUCCCUAAGAAGGAACGACUUACCUUCAAGCCUGGCGCGUAUCUGGAGAAUGGCGACCCUGUAAGAUCACUCUUCCUCCCGAGGAAUCUUCGUCAAAAGUUCCUCGACAUCGCGGCCGACAACACUCGUCGGGGUCUCGAAAUGUGUGGUAUCCUCUGCGGAACGCCUAUUAAUAACGCCCUCUUUGUCCGUUGUCUACUGAUCCCAGAUCAAAUAUGCACAUCGGACACGUGCGAGACUGAGAAUGAGACCACCAUGUUUGACUAUUGCAUCAAUGAAGAUCUUCUUGUAUUGGGAUGGAUCCACACCCAUCCAACGCAGACUUGUUUCAUGAGCUCUAGAGACCUGCAUACGCAGUCUGGUUACCAGGUCAUGAUGCCCGAGAGCGUGGCCAUUGUCUGCGCCCCGAAAUUCAACCCUUCGUGA